UGUCAGUAUCAAAAUGCGCGCCUCGUCGAGCGCACGUGCCACCGCGCUGCUCAUUCCUUUGUUUAUUUUAAUACAAACAUCAUGUGCUCAGUACGAAAUACCUGAUGUGACCAUACGUGCUUUAAAACCCAGAGGAUUUUCAGCUUCUAUACCAGAUGCCCCAAACGUCAGUCUCUUCGUGUUCCAAGGUAACGUCAACCGUCCAAUAAGCAACAAUGAUGUAGGGACCAUCUCUGGAGAAGUUCUGAGAGCCAAGGAUGGAAGGUGGACCGUUGAGGAUCCUAACCUGGAGCUGAAGAUAGGAGAUAUCAUCAACUAUUACGUGGUGGUGUCAGCUAACAGGGCUGGAUAUAUCAAGGAUAAUUUGAGUUUUACUGUUAGAGCUCUCGAAGACAGGUUGGCGACUGACGGGCCUUUCCCGACACAAUGCAAGCCGACAUUAACGCAAGUGCGCGGAGGAAGGGCGUGCGCAGGUCAAACGAUAUUCGAGGAGAACUUCGACAACUUUCGCGACAAUGUGUGGCAGAUUGAACAGUAUAUACCUGUUUAUACUCCGAACUUCCCAUUCGUGUCCUACCAGCGUUUAGUUUCCGACCCCACAGUGUCGGUAUCAGACGGCAAGUUGCGCAUCGCUCCCAAGCUGCAGCAGAAGCUACCUGGCUUCACUGAUGACUCCAUCUACAGUGGGACUCUUAAUUUAUUUAGUGGCUGCACAUCAUCAGCCGAAGCAUGCAUGAAGCAGGCGUGGGGCGCCGACAUACUCCCACCCAUCGUGAGCGGUAAGAUCACCACAAAGGAGUUCGCGUUCACUUACGGAACUGUCACCGUGAGGGCCAAGCUGCCUCAGGGUGAUUGGAUUUAUCCCGAAAUUCUACUUGAACCCUUACUGCAGAAAUACGGGACUCUUCACUACAGUUCAGGCGUACUGAAGAUAGCAUCAGCCCGCGGCAACAGGGAACUGAAAAGUGGGUCUACAGAUUACUCCAAUAGGGUGCUAUUUGGUGGACCAGUAAUGGACUUGCAAUGUCAUGACACGCUACUGAACAGUAAAACGUCGAGUGACGGCCUCUGGGGAGACGAUUAUCAUGAGUAUUCCUUGCGAUGGGCACCAGACCGCAUAACAUUGUCAGUAGACGGUAUCGAAUGGGCCCGCGUGGAGCCGACAGCCAGCGGCCUGCGCGGGCGGUUCCCCGACACUUGCACGCAACUCCCGCGCACGUUGCUCGAACAGGGAUCGAGGGUGGCGCCGUUUGAUAACCAUUUCUACAUAACCCUGGGAGUUGGCGCAGGCAGUAUCACAGAGUUCCCUGACGGGGUCAAGACUGUGAACGAACGUCCAAAACCCUGGAGUAAUCCCAGCAGGAAAGCCUUACUGAACUUCUGGCAAGACAUGGAUUCCUGGCAGACCACGUGGAACCAACCUCAAUUACUUGUCGAUUACGUUAAAGUUGUCGCCUUGUGAACAAUUUUUAGGCUUGCAACACUGCUCACUAAAUACUUUUUUUUGGACUGAAUGUAUUUAAAACUUUUAUCGAUGUCAUAGUGAGGGAAUUAUAUCGAUAAAAUUAGUUUAUUUCGAAAAUACCUUACCUUUUUCGUUUUGGAUGUUUUAAAUAGAUUUUGCCUUCACUAGAUUAAGAUUUAAAAGACUGUGACUGUUUUUACUAUCUAUGAAUGAGUAAAAACGAAUUGUAUGAAAAAUAAGUACACAAAAGAAUUAAUAUUAAUAAAGAAUACUCAAGCAUAAUAUUCUAAUUAUUAUAAAUGUUGAAAAACCGUUGAAGAAAAACCGGUACUAUAAUAGUAAUGGUUCGAGUGAUUAGGAAAAAAAUAUUUAUAUACAAGACAAAUGUAAUAAAUAAAAGACUUAUACACA